AUCUGUCAGUUUGCUUAGGUUGUUUGCAGGAUUUGUUGCGAUACCAUAUUUGAUCCAUAUGCUUCAAAAAUCAAUGAAAUAUUAUUGCAAAAUUUACGAUUUUAAAAAUGAUACUUCUAUUGCAAAAAUGCGAGUAUCAAUUAGAUUAUAAAAUGCGGUAGUAAACUGAAAUGUGAGAUUCCAAUUAUUUAGUUUCUAUUUUAUUUUGUUUAUCCCUUCCUAGAAAAAUGGUGGUAGCUGAACAAGGUAGUUGGCUAGCUGAUGUCGUGUUUGUGAUAGAAGGAACUGCAAAUAUGAGUCCUUACAUUGAAAGUUUGAAGUCAAAUUAUAUUCUUCCUACUUUAGAGUAUUUUAAUGGUUCUCCAGCAGAUGAUCGGGAUUGUGGCUCUGAUACUAACUGUACAAUGUAUGCUCUAGUCGUUUUCUUGGCUGCUGAUUGUGCACCUGAAACUUCUUCAACUUGUUUUGCCCCUACUGCCAGUACUCAUAAAUUUUUAUCAUUUUUGGAUAAAGUCAAAUUCAUUGGUGGUGCAAGUGAAGCAUGCAGUCAUAUUGCUGAAGGUUUAGCUACAGCUCUACAAGUUUUUGAUGAUUUCCAAACUUUUCGAGAAAAUAGUGUUCAGACUCAGAAACAUUGCAUCUUAAUAUGCAAUUCCCCACCAUACCCUCUGCCCGCUUUGGAAAGCUUUGCAUAUUCAGGUUUAAUGACAGAACAGAUUGCUUCAUUGAUGGCUGAGAGACAGAUCAACUUUAGUGUUUUUUCACCUCGAAAAAUACCAGCUUUGAACAAAGUAUACGAAAAGGCUGGUGGAGAUUUGCAACAUGCAUUAGCAAAAAAUUAUGCAAAAGAUCGUCGUCAUCUAGUUCUUCUCAAAGGAUUUCCCUUGCAAGAGAGGCCAAUGACACCACCAUCAAUAGACAGUAAAUCUGCUAUACCUGCCACUGGUUCUGUUUGUAGUCCUCCUGCAACAACUGGCCAAAAGCGUCCUGCAACUAGUUCUCCUCCUCAUCCACGAGAAGCAACCGGAUUUAAACAACCUGCUACACAAAGUAAUUAUAAUGGUCUUGAUUGGCCUUCUAAUGAGAGUCCUGCUGGAAGUUUGCCUGUGCAAAAUCAAGUUCCAUCUUCAAUACAAGGACCUACUGCUGGGCAGUCACCCAUGAGCUAUGGGCAAACCUCUAUCCCUGGUCAACCAAAUCAACCAUUACCACAAAGACCUGGUAUACCAACACCACCAUCUCAUCUAAGUUCCUUAAAUCAGCCUAAUCCCCCUAAUGUUACCAUAACAAAUAAAGGACCUCCACAGCAUUCAGAUGGAAUAAGACCACAAAGAGGACAUUCUCCUGUACCAACAACAGGUGGUCCACGUAUGUCUUGGAAUCAGCCUGGUGCUCCAUCUUCUCCAGCAUCAACACCUCCUACAACUAGUGUGUUAGCUACUCAACUAAAUAUGGCUCCAAGUACAAUGCCUAUGCGACAUACUAAUCCUCAAAUGCCAGGAACACAAAAUGUUUCAAACAUUGUAUCACAAGCUCAACCAACUAUUAAUCCUAAUCAAAACGUCCUCAAUACUGGCAGAGGAAAUCUACCAAAUAUGAAUCUCCGAAUGUCUUCAACAUCUCCUGGACCUACUCCAAUACAAAAUACUAAUCCAAUGGGAGUACAAAUCAACCAGCACCAGCCUUUUGGACAAACUUCUCAACCAUCCCAACAACCAAAUAGCAUGGCUGGUACCAUGCCUUCAGCUGUUCAGUCGAAACUGGGAAGUGCAACUAGUGGGAAUCAAAUGAUGCCCACCCAAGGUCAAACCAUGACAACAGCAGCCCCAUCAAAUAUGCCUAUGCAACCAGUGUCUGGGAUCCUGUCCAUGUCACAGAGCACCUCACAGCAGGGACAACAGCCUAGUAACCCAUCAGUCACCACAAAGGAUAGACGCACAAUAUGGCAGGGGAUUCUUGAAUUUCAAGAGAAAUCAAAUUCUCCACAGGUACAGGGACAAAGAGUGACUCACUCUUUGCCCUGCACCUUUUCUUCUAUGGUGACUAACAAUGGGGAGCCGGAUGUUAAUGCUGAAAAGUGGCCUAAUCGACUUAUGUUGCAGUUGAUUCCCAAACAUCUAAUUGUAGUUGCAAAUUUAUUCAGUACUCUGAAGACUGCUGCUCGUCAUGUGCUUAUACAUUUUAAUCAAGAAACUGAAGCCUUAGCCAAGCUAUGUAAAAACAUGAGUUCUGGUCUGGUUGGUUGUAUUCAGUUUCAAAGUCCUGUAGAUAUUCGAAUUAUGGUUGUUCUUUAUAUGCCAGACAAGCGCAUUUAUAUGGGCUUUAUUGCAAAUGAUCAGGAAAGUUUCUUCAAUAAUAUUCGGCAAAGAUAUGAAAAUCACCGAAAGCAGCAACAACAGCAGAAGCAAAGGAUGCAAGCUGGUAAUAUUCCUGUAUCUGACAGCAUGGGCAUUCAGCCUACAAAUCCAACAAAUCCAAAUAUGAUGAUGGCACAACCCACUGCCAGUAAUUUGAAUCAACCAAAUAACAACCAAAUGAAUUCUUGUAUGCCUAUCAAUCAACCCCAAGUUCCACAAAUCAAUCCUGCUCCGCCUCCACCUCAAGCUCAAGCUCCAAAUACAGGAAUGGUUCAUUCAGGGAAUACAAAUAAUCAAGCAAAUGCUGCAAGAUUAUCUCAGUUGGAAGCUGCUCGACAACAGAAUUUGUUAAAUAUGCAACAUCUGCAGCAAACUUUAGAAGCUGCUCAACAGAAAGAACUCCAAUAUAAAGCUGCUCAAGAACUACAUCAACAGCAACUUAUGAUAGAAAAGCAGAAUGCCAAUCGAUUAAAUACUCCAUUAAAAAUUCAACAACUACAGCAAACUUUAGAAGCUGCUCAGCAGAAAGAACUACAGUAUAAAGCUGCUCAGGAACAACAAAAACAGCAACAGCAGCAGCAACAACAGCAAAUGAUUGAAAGGCAGAAUGCCAUUAGACAUUUACAACAACAACUUCAGCAUCAGCAACAACAAUUGGCUCAACAACAGCAAAGUAUUAACAUGCAAACAGUACAACAGCAAGUUAAUCAACAACCAAAUAGUCAUAAUCCUCAAUUGAGAAAUUUACUUCAGCAGCAAGUGCAACAGCAGAUUCGAAGACAACAACAGCAGCAGCAACAACAACAGCAACAUCAGAUGCUUAUGCAACAUCCUCAAGGCAUAAGGCCUCAACUGUCUGGGAAUAUGCCUCAAGGUGGCAUUGGUUCUACUGUUGGACAACCUCAGCAGCAGCAACAAUCUCAACAACAGAGCCAACAACAAUCUUGGGGUGAUUUAGGCAUUUUAGACUCCUUGCCACCAUAAAAAAAUUUGUCGGCAUCUCAUAUUAAAACAUUAUGAAAAUAAAAUCAUAGCAUUUUUCUUCCUUCACUCUACCUAGAAAAUUUCAUUUGACACACUGGAAAAUUUGGAUUAAUUUUUGAAAGAUGAUUUAACUAUAAUUUCAGUAUUUAAAAAAAUAAUUUAAACUAAGUUUAAAUGACGGAUCUAAUUAGACAUUUCAGUUAUAAAGUUUUAUUUUAUUUAAGAUUUGGUUAUUUAUGAAAAGUAACUUAAGUUCUAAUUAUUACUUUCAGUAUUUGGCUCUUUGUGAAUAUUGUCAUUUUUUUUCCCUCCUAAUUACCUGUAAAUAAGACAAUGUUUAUCUUAUACUAUGGACUUAUUUGAAUUAUACUGAACAAUAAUCUUCUUUGUUAUGAUGUAUAUAUGCAUGUCAUCUCAUUAUAUGGGCAUGUUUGAACUAACAUAUGUUCAAUAAAGUACAAAGUUGUUUUAUAAAUUUUUGUAUUAGCAAAUUAAAGUUAUCUGAAGUAUAAAAUGAAGCAUUCGAUAAAUUCCAUCCCCAGUUAUUUAUUUAGAUAGAUUUGAAGCAUAUCAUAAAAAUAUCUCAUUUUACUUUUGAGCAAUUAUCCAUAAUAUAUUAAUUCUGAUGUAUAAUUUAGUAUAUUAACUGAAUUUUUAAAAAUUAUUUGUAUAUUAAUCAUUGAUAAUAUAUUUAUGAUAUCAUUGGUUUCUCCUCCUAGGAAUGAAGCAGUUGCAAUGAUAUUUUUUUUUUAUAAUUAAUAAUUACAUCAUUAUUAUUUCUGAAUUUGUCACUGAAACUGAACAAAUCAUCUAUUUGCUAUAUGUUUUAACUAUUAAACAAGUCAUGAAUUAAUUGUGAAUGUAAUCAUGAACAUUAUAUUUGUUGUUUGCAAUACAAUACAAAUUUAGAACAUGACUUUGCUUUUUAUAAUAUUGUUUACUCAUUUAUAAACAGGAAAAUGUCUUCUAAAACUCAACAUAUUCAAUUGUUAUGCCUUUAUAAACAUUGUUUUUAUUUAUUUUUAUUUUUAUACAAAAUUUGUUAUUCAUGAAAAUUCUUUUAUGUAAAUAACAAAUUAUGCAUCAUCUAUUGUAGUAAUUCAUCCAGCUUUGUUACAAUGUGGUCCAGAACUUUUUUUUCCCAAUAGAAUGUUGUAUAGUUAUAUAUAUGUUGUUCAGCUCUGAAAAUGGAAUUUUUGAAAAUAAACUCAUCUGAAGAA